CGAAGAUGCCAUCCAAAGUUGAUGCUUCCCUACCUGGCAGGGUGGUGUGCUUCGGUUCAGGACGAGUGGCAUACCCUCUGGUGGAGCUGCUGACUCGCAACCCAACAACCCACAUGACCCUGGUAUCCGACGAUGCAUUCCAGCUGGCGACCUUCGCCGACCGCAUUGGACAGUUGCAUCGGACGAAUCUUACGACCGAGGUAAUGUCGGCAGUGGACACGACGGCGUCGCUCGCACUCAUCACAGACUUCCUCAAACGAAAUUAUUUUGCAUGUGUGGUUGCUCUCGUGCCUGAAGAUGCGCAGUACACCCUUGCCCGCGCUUGCAUUGCCACUUCGACCCCCCUGGUCACUGCAAGUUACGUGUCUCCGCGUCUGCGCCACCUGCAUCAGGCGGCCGUUGACGCGAACAUUCCCCUUCUCUGCGAAUGUGGGCUCGACCCUGGCCUUGAUCACAUGGGAGCGGUGUCCAUGAUUGCGUCGAUCCAAGCGUCUGGCCGGGGUGUCAUCUCCAAAUUUACGUCCGUGUGCGGAGGGUUGCCAGCGCCAGAGUCGGCCGACAACCCUCUCGGCUACAAGUUUUCAUGGUCGCCGUUAGGAGCCCUCAAGGCUUUACAGCGUCCAGCCCAGUUCAAAGAACUCGGCCGCGUCGUUUCCAUCGCAGGGCCAGACAUGCUUUCCCACGCGACGCCGGUGCGCACAGUUCCUGCCCUGGCGUUGGAGCAGCUGCCGAACGGCAACGCGUUGCCUUAUGCCGACCUGUACGGCAUCCCUGACGUUCCAACUAUCUUUCGAGGCACAUAUCGGUACCGUGGCUUCAGCGCCAUCAUGCAAGACUGUGUGGCACUGGGGCUGCUGUCCACGGCAUCUCUUCCCCCUAACGUUGACAUAAAGCAGUGGUCGCAUCUCCUUGAGAUAGUUUUACACGAUAACAACCCAACGGACAAGCAGCUGGGCCAACAUACCACGGCAUUCUUUGCCUGGAUAGGCGAUCAAGUGCCGACGCAAGACGCGACGACAUACCUGCAAGCAUUUGCAAACGUGCUCGAGCAACGGCUGUCGAUGGAUGCGGAGGACAGGGACAUGGUGGUGCUCACGCACGCCGUCGAGGUGGAUAUUGGGGAUGGCGCUGUCGAAGUCCAUUCCGCAUCGUUGAUGGGAUACGGAGAUCGCGAGGGCACUUUUAUGGCCAGGUCCGUGGGUGUCACUGCGGGCGUGGUGACGCAGCUAGUGGUAAACGGCAAAGUGCUCCAGAAGGGGAUUCUCGCACCAACGACACCAGACAUUUAUGAACCGGCGCUCGAAGCGUUGGCCAAGGAAGGGAUUACGUUUGUCGAAAAAGUGACGUGCCGUAAGGUGGCCAAACUUUAAGUAGGAUUGCGUUAACACGCGCAUAACGCGAUUGACUGUACUACUUC